UCGCGCACAGACCUGCGGAAAGCGAGAAAACACACCGCACGUGAUGGCUGGGUCGUUUUUGGGAAAGUACAGAUCAUUUCCACGCGGAAGAACCUUUGUGCGCGUUUUAAGUUUCUCCCAGUGAGCGCUUGGAUUUUUUUUUAGUUAUCAUUCACUUAUUGAAACCUCGAUCCAGAAACAUGGAUAGUGUUUUUCAUUUUUUCCUAAUAUUUAUUAUAGAGGCUCAUGCAUUGAGUUAUGGCAUCACCAACAAUCUCCAACCGUAUAUGCCCAAUGUGUGCGUGGAGAGGGAGGUGACGCUGGUCGCCCAGAGGCAGCCGUGUGUGCAGGCCUUCACACGCAUGGUUAAAGUGUGGAAGCAAGGCUGUGCCGCCCAGUCGUGGUGCAUGGGAUACGAGAGGAGGACAGCGUACUACACUGCAUACAGACAAGUGUACCGACAGGAUUAUCAGACUGUGCACAAGUGUUGCCCUGGAUGGUCCCAACUUAAUGGAGAAGCAGGCUGUCUGUAUCCUGUCUGCAGCUACGGCGUGUGCUUCAAUGGGGGCCAGUGUCGGGUUGGAUCCACUCAGCUCUGUGACUGUCCUGCAGGGUUCAACGGACCCAGCUGCCAGUAUGAUGUCAAUGAAUGUGAGGAGACCAAUGGAGCGUGUGAGGCUCUGUGCUGUAACACCAUCGGAAGUUACUACUGCAGGUGCCCUGCAGGACAAAAACUCAAUGAAGAUGGCAAGAGCUGUCAAGAUAUUGAUGAGUGCCAGGUACAUAAUGGAGGCUGCCAGCACAGAUGUGUGAACACCAGGGGCUCGUAUUACUGUGAAUGCCACCCAGGCUCUCGCUUGCACGUGGACGGCCGCACCUGCCUGGCUGUUCAUUCGUGUGCCGUCAGCAAUGGAGGAUGUGAACACUACUGCAUGCAGCAGUCUGCCGCUCAUUUCCGCUGUCGCUGUAAAGCAAACUAUGUGCUGGCUGAGGACGGCAAGCAUUGUAAAUUGCAGAAUCCUUGUGCAGAUCAAAACGGAGGCUGUGUGCACGAGUGUCGGGCCGAUGGUGGCAAAGCUCACUGUGACUGUAAAGCUGGUUACAUCUUGGCAGAAGACGGGAAAACCUGCCAAGAUGUCGACGAGUGUGAAAAAGAGGCCGACUGUGCUCACGGCUGCCGCAACACGCUGGGCUCCUACGCCUGCGUGUGCAACGCUGCCUAUGAGCUGGGAUCUGAUGGAAAACAUUGUUACAGAAUCGAGAUGGAGAUCGUGAACAGCUGCGAGAACAACAAUGGAGGCUGUUCCCACCACUGCCAACACUCAACCAGUGGGCCUGUUUGCUCCUGUAACCACGGUUACAGGCUAGACGACGACCUCAAAACAUGUGCUGACGUCGACGAGUGCGGCGAGCAGAGCUCCUGCUGUGAGCAGGACUGCACCAACUACCCCGGGGGUUACGAAUGUUACUGCUCGGCAGGAUACAGACUCGACAAUGACGGAUGUAGCUGUGAUGAUGUAGACGAGUGUCUGGCAUCUAAUGGCGGUUGUGAUCACACGUGCCAGAACAGCGCGGGUUCCUUUCAGUGUUUCUGCCGCCGGGGUUUCCGUCUCGACGAGGACCGGCAAUCCUGUAUCCCAUUAGAAGACGCGAUUGAAGCCCUGUCCAGCGGAGCUGCCAUCGAGUUGCCCCUCAUUCAACCCCUGCUCACCUUGAUGCAGGACUACAACCAACCGCUGGAGCGCUACGACGACUACGAGGACGACGACGGGGAGCUGAGGGCCGAGAGUAACCUGGCAGAGAAAUUCGUGUGUUUGGAUGAUACCUUUGGCAGUGACUGCAGUUUGACAUGUGACGACUGUUCCAAUGGAGGAAAAUGUAACUCGUGGAAAAAUGGCUGCGACUGUCCUGCAGGAUGGAUGGGUGUCGUGUGCAACCAGACAUGCCCCGAGGGAUAUUUUGGUAAAAACUGCUCAUUCCCCAGUAAGUGUAAGAACGGUGCCACGUGUGAUCCGAUCACUGGGAGCUGCCGGUGUCCCCCCGGGGUCAGCGGAGACGUGUGUCAGGAUGGAUGUCCUAAGGGCUUCUAUGGGAAGCAGUGCAAUAAGAAGUGUAAUUGUGCCAAUAACGGGCGCUGCCACCGGACCUACGGAGCCUGUCUGUGUGAUCCUGGACUCUACGGACGCUUCUGCCACCUGCCUUGUCCAAAGUGGACCUUCGGUCCCGGCUGCUCUGACGAGUGUCAAUGUGUCCAGCAAAACACUCUACAGUGUCACCGCCGCCACGGCACAUGUGUUUGUAAAUCGGGUUACCAGGGCAACACCUGUGAGGAAGAGUGCAAGCCGGGUACUUACGGAGCCGGUUGUGCGAAAAAGUGCUCUUGUCCACUCGGAGUGUCAUGUAAUCACGUCACUGGAGCGUGCCAACGAAAAUGCCCUCCUGGUCGUCACGGAGAAAACUGUGAUCAGGACUGUCCAGUGGGGAGGUUUGGAGCUGGCUGCGUCCAUCCCUGCAACUGCACAGGCUCCCCAUGUGACAAAGUGUCGGGACGAUGCAAGUGUCCCGCGGGGACGGCAGGAAAGCGCUGUGAGAACUUGUGCCCCGAUGGUUUUUGGGGUUCAGGGUGCACAGAAACCUGCCCUGCUUGUGAGAACGGCGGCGUGUGCGACAAACACAACGGGUCGUGUAACUGCCCUUCGGGGUUAAUGGGCAGAUUGUGCCAGAACUCGUGCCCGAGUGGACGUUUCGGCCAAGCGUGCCAAAUGAAGUGUGUGUGUGAGAAUAACGCUCGCUGUGAUCCGGUGGCCGGGCGGUGCACAUGCGCUCCUGGCUGGACUGGACACAACUGCAGGAAAGGCUGCGAUGCAGGACAUUGGGGGGAGGACUGUGCAGAAACAUGUGACUGCAGGAACGGAGACGGCAGCUGCGACGGCGUGACGGGCCAGUGCAACUGUGAGGCUGGUUACACUGGAACACGCUGCCACCAGAAGUGCCCUGCAGGUAUGUUCGGUCUGGGCUGUCGCCGUCGUUGUCAGUGUGACAACAAUGCGUUGUGCGACCAUGUGAGCGGCGCUUGCACCUGCCAGGUGGGAUGGACUGGAACCUUCUGUGAAAAGCCUUGUCCUCCGGGUUUCUACGGACUGGACUGCCAGGAGAAAUGUUCCUGUCUAAAUGGCGGCAGCUGCGACCACGUCAGCGGACUUUGUUCCUGUCCUGCCGGCUGGAUCGGCUCCUCCUGCGACCUGACGUGCCCAACCGGUUUCUAUGGGGAAGGAUGUAACCAAACCUGUAGCUGCCGCAACGAUGGCAUCUGCCACCCGGCCAGUGGGCAGUGUGUGUGCACGCCCGGCUGGACCGGACCCAACUGCACAGAAGAAUGCCCUCCAGGGUUUUACGGAGGAGACUGUCAGCAGCGCUGCCUGUGUCAGAAUGGAGCCACCUGUAACAAGAGCACUGGGAAGUGUUCAUGUGCCAGUGGAUGGACGGGCACAGCCUGCGAACUCGAGUGUGUGGCGGGCCGGUUCGGGAGGGACUGCCAGCAGCAGUGUGAAUGUGAGAAUGGCGGCCAGUGCGACGCGCUGACCGGACGCUGCAGCUGCAGCGGCGGCUGGGUCGGAGGGCGCUGCGAGAGAGCAUGUGAAGCGGGCCUGUUCGGCGCCGGCUGUGAGGAGCGGUGUCGGUGUGUGCACGGGGAUUCAUGUCAUCACGUCACUGGAGCGUGUCGGUGCCUGCCGGGCUGGAGAGGAAAACUCUGCGAUAAAGCAUGUUUACCGGGUAUGUUCGGAGAGGGCUGCAUGCACCACUGCGCCUGUGCUCAGGGCACGUCCUGCCACCACGUCUCUGGAGACUGCGGCUGUCCUCCCGGAUUCAAGGGAAAUGGCUGUGAGCAGACUUGUCUCCCAGGAACAUUUGGACAGAACUGUAAUCAGGUUUGCCGGUGCUCGGAGACAAACCAGCUCUGCCACCCGGUGUCCGGGUUAUGCUACUGCGCUCCAGGUUUCCACGGCCGCAGAUGUGACCAAAUUUGUCGAAAGGGUCGUUACGGCCUAAACUGUGAAAGCGAGUGCCAGUGUGAGAAUGGAGGGAGGUGCAUUCCGUCCACUGGAGCCUGUGAUUGUCCAGCCGGUUUUAUAGGAGCGAGCUGCAACAUCACGUGUCCGGCCGGGCGGUACGGAGUGAACUGUGCUCGGGUGGAGCUGUGCGGAGACGGUGCCCAGAAUGACCCCGUCACCGGUCGCUGCAAGUGCGUCGCCGGUCGAAGAGGAAGCGACUGUGCACACGGUUGCCUUCCAGGCUGGUUUGGGGCGGAAUGCGUUGAACGCUGUAACUGCAGUAAUGGCGGCGUGUGUGACUCUGUGACCGGGGGCUGUAUGUGCAGUUUGGGUUGGACCGGUUCACACUGCAAUAAAGAAUGUCCUGAGGGCAGAUUUGGUGCCAACUGUCAGCUGAAAUGUAACUGUCAAAAUAACAGCACUUGUGACAGAGUGACGGGGACGUGUCGCUGUGGUCCAGGAUACUAUGGACAGCUGUGUGAACAUGCCUGUCCCCCCGGCCUCCACGGCCCGCUGUGCCAGCUGCAGUGCGACUGCAUGAACGGAGCGUCCUGUCACCCGGCGUCGGGCGCCUGCGUUUGUCCUCCAGGAUACCACGGAGCUCGCUGCCACAGAGUGUGUGAACAGGGGACCUUCGGUCAUGGCUGUGCUAAUGUGUGUGACUGUGAGGAAGACUCCCCAUGUGACCCUGUGAGAGGAAGAUGCCUCUGCUCCUCAGGGAGGACUGGACUCAAGUGUGACAUUGAGUGCAGAGAGAAUCGCUUCGGGCCCGACUGCGCAGAGACCUGCCAGUGUGGCAACGGGUCGCAGUGCGACCGACGCAACGGCCGCUGCAGCUGCCUGCACAGCUGGAUCGGCCUCACCUGUCAAGAAGGUGGACCUCCACGCAUCACCGACAGCCGGAGAGGAGACUCGCAGCAUGAGAACUCGUUAUAGCACCGGGGCGGAUUUUUUUUACUGAAGUGGCCCAAAAAUGAGACAGGAAGUUGCAGCAGGUAGACCAACGUGGAAAUAGACUAAUGAGAACUGCCGUUGCAUGUUUGGAGCCGAGCUGGACGAUACGUCUCUGAACUGUCACAGUGGAACCCAGCUUCUCGCUGUCGAGAUGGAUCAUUGAAGCUUUUAGUCUUCAGGACAACGUGGUUACUGCACCUUUGGUAUUUUUCAUUUAAAAUUGUUGUCCUUGAAAUACCUUUUGCAGGUAGUGUGUAUAAAAUCUCUUUAUUUUGUAAGGAAAAAUACAAAAGAUUUCUGAAUCCAUAUCAGUAGUAUUAAUGUUUUUUUAUGAAGUACUACUCAGUCAAAUGGUGCAAAAAAAACUUGAAUGCCUUAAUUGACAGCUGGACUCUACAUUUAUUUUGCACCUUCUUGAAGGUUCAAAUGUAAAGUCUUAAAUAUUUUUCCUUGAAUCGAUUUUUGUGUAUAAAUUGCUUCAUAUUUAUAUUUCUCAGUUGUACACAAUUGAAAUGUUCUUUGGGAGACUAAUAAACUAACAACCAAUGAUA